GUUGUAGACGUGUUUUUCCAGCCUGCUGUGUUCGUUCUUUUUUCGCUUCGUUCGUUUCGGUGUGGGAUAGAAAGAAGGCAGACCCGGUCCGGUUCAGUGCGGCAAGUGAAGAAGCUCGCGCGUUCGUCGCAACUGGCUGGCAAGAGCGGAAAAAACCGACUCAAAACGAGGCACACUCGUCGGCAGAGACGUUCCUCCGCGGAGGAUUCGCCCUUAGAUACUGGUAGCUGUUGCUGUCCCUUCUUGCUCGCCUUCGACAUUUGGCGGUAGCGCGCGCGGUUAACCAUGUGAGGCAAGAGAGCCCCAAAAGCGUAAAAAAAACGACCAGAUCAUUCCCGGUUUCGGAAGCGUAGAAAAAAAGGUCAUCAAGGCAGUCUUUUUUGUUUUGCCAAACCGAGAGGACAAACAUCAUCGAAGUGGGCGACGAAAACGACGAAGGUGGCGAACGCGUUGAUUUUCUUGUUGGUAUCGCGUCGGUUUUUUUUUCGGGAACGUGGAGGAAUUUUUUUGACAGUCAAAAAAUACUCGGCGACCGGUUCGGGGGUCCGGAAUAUUAGUGAAUUUUUGUCGCAAUUACCGAUAAUGAGUUAUGAGGCGUAGGGAUGGUUGACAGACGACGGGCCUUCGGAGUUAAUGAGUCGUGUCUAAGGUGAAACGUAUGUACGUAUGUGUGCUCUGGUGUAUGUGUGACAAUCGUGAAAGCUUCAGCGAUUCCUCAGUAGGCCGUGCCCAGAAGCGAAGAGGAACAAGUGGAAAGAAUCAAGUGAGUGAGAGUACAUCGUCGAAGGGAAAAAAUGUAAACACCAUUAGUGAACAAAAAGUGUAAUGAUAAUUGUGUCAAUCAGUUUUUAUUUCCCGCUGCAAUCGAUUUCGUGCAAUAAUGUUGAUCGAUGAAUGCCGGCCCGGGAGCGACAUCCGAUUGGCGACUGACGGUAGGGUGUGAAGCAGACAGCAGUGAAUUUUGCUGCGAUUCAUUCAUAAAACGUGAUUAAAUUGUGUACGGCGGUAGGAUCCGGGGCGCCUCGGUUAUGCCUUGUGUUAGUACGGGACUUCAAUUGAUUCCUUGUUACUUUGAAUAUCUGAGAUUUUAUCACAUACACACCCGAGUCGAGCUGACCCAUUCCCGCUUCGAAAUAAUAACGGAAUCGCAUGUUGAGUGAAAUUAUCGGAAGCCCGGCUAAGUGACGUGUUUGUGAGUUGUGUGUGGUUCGGAGUUGAGGAAGACACAAUUGCAAGUGUUUGUGCAAGUGCAAGUGGUGAACACAGGAAACGAAUCAAUUUGUUGCGGCUAAACGCGGGGAACCCGAGUGACAAUACCUACUUUCCCCGCGAUUAAUCAAUGGGCUCGUUAGGCGAAGAAUAUUCCGAUGACAUUGUUGAGUAAACAUAAUUGCAGCUGAUUAAUAAAUGGUGAAUGAGCAAGUGCAUUGCAAUUGAAUUACGCGUGAACGCGAUGUGCAAUUGUUUAUCGUUUGUAGCGGAAGUAGAAGAACACCUCGAGGGCCUAGUUUCAAGAUAUGUAUCCGUGGUAUAGAGAGGCACCGUUAAGUGUUGGACAGAUUUGCAGCCCUCUGACAGGAGCGGCAGCGGCGGCGACAACCAUCAAGACCGAAGCCGGCUACAGUGAUUGUAUGCUGGAUUUUCAUAGUAAGAAAACGCCGUCCUCCUUUCCUUGGCUGUCGGACGCCACCAACAACAACGAUUACACGAAAGCCAACAACAACCACCACCACAGUCAUCACCCGCAUCUACAUCACCACCACCACAACACCUGCCGCCAUCCGGAGGACUCCAAAUCGGGCCUCAACUGUAACUCGCCUCGGAUCAACGGUGGUGGACCGCCGUCCGGACAUCAUCCUUCGGCACCGGCAGAGGGAGCUACUCCCGAUUCCAGCAGCACGACGGCGACCGCAGCGAUACCCAACUUUAACCAGAUGCCCGUGCCGGGUUCGGUCCAGGGCCAGAAUCCCACCCAGGGACUGGUGCACUGGAUGAGCGCGGUCAUGGCUGAGCACAUGACGUCCAACUCGCAUCACGAUCCUACGGCUGUUGGGAUGCACUACAUGUGGAACGGGCCGGUUGAGCAAUGUGGCCAACACACCAAGGAUAUGGACUCGUACAGCGGCUGGCCAGCCCCCAGAAACCACAUGUCCAUGAAGCAAGGAUAUGAGGCGAAAAUGAAUGCGGUCGAUCAUCACCAUCAUCACAACAACCUGCAGAAAGGUCACAUGAUUGACGAUGGCCGCCUGCUGGAUCACCAUGGAAUGCAGUCGGCUCAGAUGAGCCAAAUCUACGGAGCCCGAGGCGCCCCGAGCAAUGGAUCUCCAGGGGGACAUCACGUGCAUGCAAAUCCUGCGGCCCUUUUGGUCGUUCCACAGCCCAUCAACGCCACCAAGAUAGGAGCAGCGCUGCCCAAUGGAACUGGCCGAAAGUACCAGUGCAAAAUGUGCCCACAGAUUUUCACAUCGAAAGCGGAUCUCCAACUGCACACGCAAAUUCACAUGCGUGAAGCAAAACCCUACAAAUGUUCCCAAUGCAAUAAGGCAUUCGCAAACUCGAGUUAUCUCUCGCAACAUACUCGGAUACACCUGGGCAUCAAACCGUACAGGUGCGAGAUUUGCCAACGAAAAUUCACUCAACUGUCCCACCUGCAGCAGCACAUCCGUACACACACCGGUGACAAACCGUACAAAUGUCGACAUGUCGGUUGUUUGAAGGCAUUUUCCCAGCUGUCGAAUCUCCAGUCGCACUCUCGAUGCCACCAAACGGACAAACCCUUCAAGUGCAACUCUUGCUACAAAUGUUUCUCCGAUGAACCCUCUCUGCUGGAGCAUAUUCCCAAGCACAAGGAAUCCAAGCAUUUGAAGACUCACAUCUGUCAGUACUGUGGCAAAUCCUACACCCAGGAAACCUAUCUCUCCAAGCACAUGCAGAAGCACUCCGAGCGAACAGAUAAGCGGCCACCGAUCGGAGCACGUAGCAGUAGUAGUACACUGAAUCUCAACACCAAUACAACCGUCCCUCCUGCUAUGACUGGUGGCGAGAAUCCGUACUGGCCUAAAGUGAGCCCAGAUUCGGCAGCCAACAUGACGGAUGUAAUGCAACAACAGCAGCCUCCAACGAAUCAACAACCCCCACAGCAACAGCAACAGAAUACCCCGCAAAGCCACCACGAGUUUAACUUGAAUCAGCAGAACAACGCCAACAAUCAAACGCCCAACGGACACAACAACGCACAAGGAGGCGAUCUACACCACCAUCGGGACGAGAACGUCGAAGAUCUGGUGGUCAACGCACGUCAGGCCGCAUCCAACAUGAACGGCAACAUCGCCCUGCCGCCUUCGUCCACUCCGAUGUCCGCGGCCAGUUACGAUACCAGCAGCAUAGCGAAGGCGGCAUCCAAUUCGGCGUUCACGCCGAUCAACUCGAUGCCGCCGCACCUGAACACCCUGCAGCAUCAUCACCACCAGCUGGCGCAGCGGCCGUAUCUCUACGAUGCGAUCAGUUUCCAGAACCAGAAGGCGAUAAACCAGAGCCCGUCGAACACGUUCCCGAACCAGUUGAUCUCGUUGCACCAGAUCCGAAACUACGCGCACCAGCCGGGAGGUGGGCUGAUGGCGGGGGAGCAUUUGCUCGGGGUUACGGUCGGGGCCGGUGGUAAGGAUAAGGGAUAAGGUGGAGUGUGUUAGAAUGAGUAGGAGAUAGAUAUUGAUUGUUGGUUUGAGAGAUGAUUUGUUAUGAGUAAAGCUCAGUUCUCGGCUGGUAAACUCACCGCUAUGAAGGAGGGAGAGACGCACAUGCAUCAGUUGUUCCAAAUUUAAAUAGUUUCUUUCAAAUGUCACCUUCAUUAUGGAGAAAGUUGUAUAAUCCUAAAGGGA